CGCUCGGACGGGGAAGAUGAUUGGCUUUGGGAUCUAUCAUUCAGUAGCAACGUAAGAGGGCAAUGGCGGACAGUUGUUGGCUCGGUCGGUAUUCCAGGAAAGGAGGUGUGUCUCGCACUGCCACGGAAGGCGGGCCCUUUGGCGUUUCCUUUGUGUGUGGGCACCAGUGGCUGGCUGCGAGCGCGCCUGAGGAGGAGUAGAAAUCGCAGACGCCAUUUUGUACGUUUCCUUUCCCCACCCCCUUUCCCCGUUCUCUGCCGGUGGACCUGGGCCGACCUGUCCCACGACGAACAUUGCCUCGUAGCUCCUGUCGAUUUUUAUCCGGCGGCAGCUGCCCCCUACCGGUGGCAGCAGCAGCGAGGAGGAGGAGGAGGAGGCGUGUGACGGCCGCGGCUCCGGCAUGGAAAACUCCCAGCUUUGUAAGCUGUUCAUUGGCGGCCUGAAUGUGCAGACGACGGAAGCUGGGCUGCGAGAAUACUUCGAGGCCUACGGGACCCUAACCGACUGUGUGGUGGUGCUCAACCCGCAAACCAAGCGCUCCCGAUGCUUCGGUUUUGUCACAUACUCGGCUGUGGAAGAAGCCGAUGCCGCCAUGGCUGCCUCCCCGCACGCUGUCGACGGCAACGUGGUGGAGCUGAAGCGGGCCGUUUCCCGCGAGGAUUCCGCCCGGCCCGGCGCCCACGCGAAAGUGAAGAAACUCUUCGUUGGAGGCCUCAAGGGGGACUUGGGGGAGAACGACCUAGUUGAGCACUUCAGUCAGUUCGGCCCCGUGGAAAAGGCCGAGAUCAUCUCCAACAAGCAGAGCGGCAAGAAGCGGGGCUUCGGCUUCGUCUACUUUCAGAAUCACGACGCCGCUGACAAGGCGGCGGUGGUUAAAUUCCACCCCAUCCAGGGCCACCGGGUGGAGGUCAAGAAGGCCGUGCCGAGAGAAGACAUCCAAGCAGGAGGCGGCGGCUCUUCCAGGUCGAGUUGGGGCGGACGGGGAAGAGGAAGGGGCGGAGGUGCCGGCAACCGGGACCACAACGGUCUCUCCAAAGGAGGAGGAGGCGGUGGCGGCGGCGGCGGCUAUAACAGUUACGGAGGCUACGGAGGUGGCGGCGGAGGAGGAGGCUACGGCUCGUACGGUGGCGGCUCUUACGGCGGAGGUGGCAGCGGCGGCGACUAUGGCAACGGGUACGGCGGCUUCGGCAGCUACAGCCAGCACCAGUCGUCCUACGGCCCUAUGAAGAGCGGCGGUGCGGGUGGAGGCGGUGGCGGCAGCUGGGGCCCCCGCAGUAACAGUGGACCAUACAGAGGCGGUUAUGGCGGGGGAGGUUAUGGAGGCGGCUCUUUCUAAGCGGGAAUUCCCACCGAUCCUUAUGGGGGACGUUAGUUUUGUCUGCAUGGAGUAUGCUCUCCGUUUGUACCGGGCCAGGCCAGGCUUUCAAUACUUCCCCUACACUUCGCCUAAAGGCACCUUCAUACAAAAAGGUUCCAGUGAUGCGAAGCAGAUCUCGAAUGUUCCUGGUGGGGUCGCUCUGCUGCCUGUGUCACUUUCUUGAAGAUGUACUGGGUCUUUUCACACAACGAUUUUGUGUUAGUCAUUGAUGGACUCUAUUUUUUUAUUGCUUGGACAUUAGUCGUUUUUUAUACUAGGAACAAGAUAUUGUUUUAAUUUUGGUUUAUUUGGGGUUGGGAGGGAAAGUCAUGAUUCUGAAGUAAAACUUGGGAUGGGAAAGGGAAUUAACUUUGUAAGGACUUGGAAUAUCUACACAUUUUUUUCUACAAUGAUUCCAUGGCUGUAAAAGGGGUUAAAUCGUUUUUACAUUUUUAUUUUUUAAAUAAAUCAUUGUGUUCAUUGACCUUUACAUGUCUUUUUUCCUAGGGUUCAUUCCGUACAUUUCAAACAAAAGUUUUUUAAGCCAGUAAAAUUUACUGAUGCUUGAGUACAUGUGUUAAAAAAAAGAUUGCUUUAUUUCAAGUAAAGAGCCCAGCUCUUGCUGCCUCACUACAUUGGUUUUCUUACUGCUAGAGUUUGUGCCAGUUUUUGAAAUAUGUUGGUGGAUGAAGUUGGUUAAAAUACCUUAUUCUACAUCCACAGUUUUGCAGUUGGGCAUUUGCCUUGUAAACACAGUUGGUUUGUUCUUUUAUAUAGGGAGUUAUUCAUAAAAAUGUUCUAACACAUUUAAAGCAUGUGCUUUUUUAUAUAUACAUGUUCAAAAUGUCAGAUUUCUUAGUUUCACAUUGUGUUAUUUAUUGGCUUGUCUGUAACAAUCCAUUUUUAAAGGGGAGAAUUAUUUCCCUUAUAAAUAUUUUGUUUGCAUAGUGAAGUCAUUUCAAUUGGAUACUAUCUUAAUUGUUCUUAUUAAAAAAAAGCCAAGUAUUAAAUAGAGUGCCAUCUGCUGGCAGACUAGUUGACUUUUGUGUAAGUUUUAUUAAAACAAAUUGGCUCUCAGAAUGUAGACCAUUAGAUCUUUAGAUGGCAAGGAUUAAAUUAACAUGCCAAUAAAAUAUAUUGGCAGAAAUGAAAUAUUAAAAUACAAAAAAGUAAAAUUAUUGAUUGACCAAUUUAAGUAUUCAGUUUUUAAAAUUUGUGCUCAGUGAACAAUAAAUGAGCCAAUAACUUAGGCCAAUUGUAAAUCAAAAUUUCUGUAGUCUGCUUGAUGUAUUUGUAGCCCUUUCACAUAGUAGAAUUAACGUUUGUUGUUCUAUUAACAAUGUUCUAGACAGAAACUGACUUCCUGAAUAGAAAUAUAGAAUAGUUAUGAAUAUUGCAAAUAAAAAAUUGAAUUCUU